UUUAGCUGUGAGAAGUUGAACUGUCAGAUUAAAUAAAGAAAAAAGAAUUGGCGAAUGGAGUUGUACCAGAAUAGAAGAGAAAUUAUCGGAAAAUAAUUAAAAAGAAAAAUUUUAGUGAAAAUACGAGUGCAUUAUCAUAUAUAUUUUCUCAUAAAUAUUGUGGUAGCUGAGAUGAGUGUUUUACCAUAUCAACCAACCAGCGAUGAAGACAUCUUUCGUUUGUGUACGAAAGAGUGCGGCAUCAUCACAGCCACGGAGGAUCAGCAAUACUUUGCUUUGGGCUGCAUGAUUUGCCCGGCCAAAUUCCUUUAUUUCGAUGCAUUCAUUGGGCACAUGCAAACAGACCAUGGCACUCAAACAAUGGACCAAAAGGGAUUCUUUGGAGGCAUGCUAGGGCUCGGAUAUGAUGACUCGUAUGGCGAAAACAAUAGUGGUCGAAGUGGCGAAGGUGCAGAAGAUCUUACUGAUACGGAUCCGUCACUUUUAGUACCACAAACAGUUAUGAUCAAGGAAGAAGUUGAUGAGGAAGCACUAGAAUUACCGCAAGCUGAUAAUUCUGACAUUACGAGAUAUCUGAAUGAAAAUGAAUUACAGAAUGCUGAUGAUUCAAUGUAUCACGUAAAGCAAGAAUGUACUGAGCCUGAGGUCACAGUGGAGGGGGACCAUGACAACUAUAUGAAUGAUAACUAUGGAAAUUAUGAAGAUUACACUAACAAUGGCGAUGAGGAAGAUCCUAUUUAUCAAGGAGAAGACGAAGAUGAAAAUAAUUAUGACGAUUUAGUUGAACAAUCUUUAUUAGGAGGAAAUAAUGGAGUGGAUUCUGGUCUAACAAUGCACAUAAAGGAUCGCAAAAUGAUUCAAUUUCUUAUAGACGCGUAUAGACGUAAUACCUUCCUUUGGGACCAUCGUCAUCCUCAAUUUCGUGAUCGCGCCAAACGACAGCACUUUCUGGAUUGGAUUGUAAUGGAAUUUAAGCGGCGCUUUAAUCUAUCAUUAGCGAAGGAUGCGGUUACGCGCAAGUGGGAUAAUUUACGUACGGUGUAUAAAAGAGAAUGCAACCGGAUGUCAUUGGAGAAUACUAACAUCAGCACAUUAUGGUACUUCAAGGAACUGCAUUUUCUUAAUCGGUUAUAUGGUGGUAAUCAACAGAUGACAGAAGCUGUGGUCAAGGAAACCGUUUACAGACGUCGGUACUCUGCACUUUGGAAUGAUGUAUCCACUACAAAACUUUUGUCCAUGGUGGAACAGCAUUCCUGUUUUUAUAACAAGUAUAACAUCGACUACCGCAGCAAAGAGAAACGUGGAGAGGCGUUGCAACAAAUGGCAGCGGAGUUACAGAAGAUGAUUGACGUCAGCACCAUACAAAUAUCAAAACGUAUUUCGCAAUUGCGUUUCGAUUAUUCCAAACAAAAGCAGGAACGUUUGCUUUGUGAGCAGAAUAAUAAAGUAUUUACUCCCAGUUACACUUACUACGAUCAAAUGCAAUUCAUGGAUGCUGAUAUAGCUCCAUUUAAAUGCGAUUUUUGUCCAGUAAUAGUGCAGUCGCCGCGAGAGCUGGAUGUUCACCUCAGUACCCAUCAGCCAGAGGGCAGUUAUGCUUGCAAUGCUUGUCCGGUUAGCUUUUUAGAUAUUGAUCAGCUAAAUCAACAUAAACAAAUACACACACCAACAAAUAAAGAUGUGAAAUAUUGGUGCGAUUUAUGCACGGCCAGCUUCCGUACAAAAGAAGUGUAUGAUGAACAUAUGCGCCGUCAUAACGAUGAACUCUUAUUACCCUCUUUAGCAAAUAUUCCGCAUCCUCGCAAUGAAGAUGUUAAUCCACUAAUGAAUAUGAGCAGUAGCGAGUAUGAUGAAUGCUACUCGUGCGACAUUUGUGGGAAAUCAUUUGCGAAUAUGGUAUACCUCAAUGCACAUCGUGCCCAGCACAGCAACGCCAGCGAUCGUCCAUUCCGUUGUGAAAGUGCACAUUGCGGCCGUUCAUUUACCUCACGGCAAUCAAUGCUCGACCAUACACGACAACACUAUAGCAACGAAGAGUAUAAUUGCGAUAUUUGCGGCAAAACUUUUAAAUCGCUUAAAAAUCUGCAGAAUCAUAAACAAAUACAUGACGCCAUCAAACGAUAUGUUUGUAAGAUAUGUGGCUCAGCAUUUGCGCAAGCAGCUGGUUUGUAUUUGCAUAAGCGCCGACAUAAUCGACCCAACUCACGCAUACGUCACACUUACUGAUCCACUUACAUAAACCUAUAAAGGUAUUGUAAUCGGAGGUUAUAAAUUUAGUAGCAUAAGCCUACAUAACCACACAAUAAUCAUCUCACUAAUCUAACUAUGCAUGCAGAAGUAAUUAUUAUUAUAUUUGAGAUUUCAACGCAAAUUAGGGGACUUAAUAUGGAUUGUAGCCACAAAAUUACGAAAUUGCAUUAAACUAACUAGUAAUGUUAAGUGAAGUUGGUAACGUUAAUGCAACGCGAAGUUUAAAAAAAUGAAGUAAGAUUUCUUUAAGGAUUUAUUUUAAAAUCUUAUUUAUUUUUUACACAGUUACCAUGAAAGAGAUUCUUUAAGACGUUAUGGCAUAUUCAUACAUAUAUCUAUACAUUUAGAUGCAAAUAAAAGGCCGUAUUAAUACAAAAGUUGAACAUUUCGAAGCCUUUCUUUUUUGUUCACUGAUAGUUGAUAAAUCUCAAAUGUUUUAUUUAUUGUCAACAUAAGAUUCCAGUUGCAAUAUAUAGUAGAUUUUACAAUACUUAUUUUAAAUGGGAUAAUAUAGUUUUGAGAGGAGUGUGGCUGCCUUUGGCUUUUAUAGGAGCAAUAUGGCAUUUGUGAUUGCUCAACAAAAGAUCAGUUAAUCUAUCAAAAAAUCAACUUAUUCAAUAAUACAUUUUCCCUUACAUAUGGGACUCUUUCAUUAAGAAGUGCAUUAAGUGCAUAAAAAAAUAUAAUCGCGAAGUUAAAAAUUCACUUUGAGACAAGGGUGCGCCUUUUUUUUGCAUGUUUAUGUAUGCAUAUAUGUAUAGGCAUAUAACGGUUCACAAGUAUUAUAACACAAUUUUUUAUUAAUUUAUUAUGUGACAUACAUACUUACAUAUACAUGUAUAUGCGGCAAGUAAAUUAUUUUAAAUUAGUUAAUUCCAAUGCUGCAAUUGGGUUUAUAGUAUAAGAUUGUACUUAGAAUUUAUGUAAUAAUUGUAAUCUUAAGAAAAAUUAAAGGCGAAUUUGCGAACAUUAAAAGAAUAAUCAUCUAGCAAUUGAA